AUGCCGCUAAAGGACCGCACCAACGCUCGACGGGCGAGCCUGGCCAGCCCCGGCGGCAAGGGCGUCAGCCUCACGCCGAACGAUGACGCGACGGAGCGACGGAAGUCCCGCAUGUCCAGAGCCAGCGACGUCCGGCAGUCGCUCGCCGCGGACUUCGACGCGAAGCAGAUGCGCGACGUCGCCGAGGACAUCCGCAAGGAGACCGCGAAAGCCAGCGCGGCGCCCCAGGCGGCCCGCGGCGCGAAGGCGCUGUCCGCGGACCAGGUGCAGGACCUGUACCAGUCUUGCAUUAAGCUUGCGGCGGAGAACAAGAUUUCCCAAAAGAACACGUGGUCCUUGCACCUGAUUGACCACAUGUCGGACCUCGUGCGCGACACGGGCACGGGCGAGGGGUCCUUCCAGAAGGCCUCCGUCACGCUGGACGCCGGCGUGAAGAUCUACGCCCACCGCGUGGACAACGUGCACAACGAGACGUUCCGGAUGAUGACGUCGCUGGUGCGCGGCGCGGCGGGGGCCGACGGCGACGCCGAGGACGGGGACGCGGAGGCCGCGGACGGCGAGCCCGGCACUGCCGUCAAGAGGAAGCGGCGGGCGAAGGACGUGGACCCGUCCUCGACGCUGGAGCACCCCGAGGCGAUCAACGCGAAGAAGUUCGACGUGACGUUCGCGGUGGACCCCCUGUUCCACAAGACGUCCGCGCAGUUCGACGAGGGAGGCGCCAAAGGGUUGCUUUUGAACAACCUGAGUGUGUAUAGCUACUGCGACAUCAUGUUCGACUCCGAGGCGUGCCCGCCGGACCUCUCCGCGCCCGCGCCGGCCCGCCCGGACGACGACGUGGCCGUCGACCUCGGCCCGCUGUCAGGGCUGCUUGAGGCAGCGCUCGAGACCGCGGCAGGGGGCGCGCCGCUCGCGCCGGCGCUUCAGUCGCUGCGCGCGAUGCUCCCCGUCGAGGACGCCGAGGCCGACGCGGCCGGGGCGCACGAGCGGGAGCUGGCGGAGGCGCGGGCCGCCGUGGCGGCGGUGCUGGCCCAGGCGCCUUCGCGACGGGCAGCCCCGGCCCCCGCGGGCGCGUGCGACGCGUCGGACAUGGACGUCGACGUCAGCAUGUGCGACCUCGCGGAAGCCGAGGGCGCUGCGGGCGGCGGGGACGUGGCCCCUGCGGACGCGGUCGAGACUGCGGCCAACGACGUGGACACGGUCGACACGGCCGCGGUGUUCGGGAACGGCCUCUCUGCGGGGAUCGAGGAGGAGUACGUGUGCGAGGACGACUUCGGCGGGUUCGACGAGGGCGGGGGCUUCGGGGACGGCGACGACGACGGCGGCGAUCGCGGCGGCGACGCGGGCGGCCUGCGGAGCGUGGACCUGGGAUCGGAGGCGCUUCAGUACCUGCUGAACGCCGGGCAGGGCGGCGGGCCCGGCAACGGCUGGGCGGGCGCUCAACACUGGCGGUUCCGGCGGCCGACGGCGGCGGCGGCGGCGAAGAGCGCCCCGCGGCGCGCCAAGGCGGAUCGGGCGACGCUGGACUUCGAGAACCUCCCCGAGAUCGACGCUGCGGAGUUCCGGAAGCCGACGCGGAAGAACGAGACCGUGCUGGCGUCGGCGCCGAAGAGGGCCGCGACGCUGCUGCCCGACGACUGCCACUAUCGUGCCGCGGCGCUCGCGCGGCCGUUCCUGGUUCCGGGGCGCGCGGCCGCGGAGCUGAUUGCGCGCACGCACGGACUGAGCACGGCGCAGCGCGACGCGGCCGGCGCGGGCGCGGGCGACGACGCGGGCGGCGGCUGGGGGUCGCCGGGCGGGUUUGGCGACGGCGACGACGACGGGGGCUUCGGGGCCGCAGACGACGACGCGUGGGGGGGCUUCGCGCAGCUCGAGGGCGCGGCGCAGGCCGCGCGGCGGCUCAGCGUCAAGCAGGUCAACUACGCGCAGAAGUCGAAGCAGAUCGAUGUGCGAGCUCUCAAGCAACACAUGUGGGGCACCAUGCAGGACGUGGCGGCGAGGAGCGGGCCGGCGAGAGCGGUGGGGUUCCAGGAGGUGGUUGCGGCGGUGCCGGAGACGAGCGCGGCGGGGCGGCGUGAGGACGUGAGCGUGCACCUGGCGUUCAUCUGCAUGCUGCACCUCGCGAACGAGAACGGGCUGUCCAUCCGCGCUGCCGACACGCUGGAUAGCGUCGAGAUCGCUGGCGUCGCUCCGGCGCAGUAG